AAUCAUGCGAUCAUACUGCGAACUUCCGUGUUAAGAAAUAUGUAGGUUCACAAAUUGAUGAGUGUUCCUGCAUGUCAAGAAAAUAAUUUAUUGAGAUGGAAAAGUUCGUAAAACAUAUCAAAGAAAGGGUUUUCGUCAAUUAUGAAAAUGAAGAAGUUAAAAAGAUAAUGCGCUACAUGAACACAUAUUUGGCUACUUUCCAAGACCGCUUUAAUCAGACGACUAAUGACUAUAAAAUUAAAUGUACCAAAAUGUGUGGUAGCAUGAAAGAAAAGACAAGAAUUUGGGAAAUCUGGAUCAAAGACAAAAAAAGUUCUUACGAACCUAUUUUGGAAUUUGAUUAUUUGGCAGUUAUUGGCCCGAAAAAGGGAACAGAAGUUACAAAAAGUUCUCACGUCGGUUACAUGAAUUUGUAUCUGGAAAGUGACGAUUGUUGGUUGACUGAAUCACAAACUAUUUUGUCACCCAAAACAGUAAAUACGGCAUUUUUAAAAAGACUCGUGGACAUCAUGAAAACGUGUCCUGCAUCUACCGAAAACUUUGAACUGAAUGCAUAUAAUUUUCUCCGACGGAAACAUAAUUGCGAUUGUUCUUUGUGCAAAGUUGUACAAAUGUCUUUACAACAAAUUACAAUGAAAGAACUCACAUUUAAAUGGACAAUUGAAGACGCAGAAAAUAAAAUAGAUGCAUAUUGCUACAACCAAGAGAGCGGAAAGAUCCAACACUCUAGUAGCUCUACAGUUCUUGUGAAAUUAGAUUUUUUGCCAGCUUUCAAAAUAGGUGAAAACACCAAAAUGAGUUCUACUCGCCCAUACUUUCUUGUGCCAAAAGUAUGUCGCCAUCAACAUGAAUAUUGUUGGAGAAUGUCCUUCUGUAUUGAGGAAAUACAGGAAUUUAAAAACACAUCACAAUUCCAUAGGGAUGCUUACAAAUUUGUGAAAGCCUUGAUUCAAAUGCUUGAUUGGAAUGAAAUACCAUCGUAUGAACUAAAAAAUGUAUUAUUUCGUCACAUAAAGGAAUGCAAAAACGAGGAAGAUAAUGCGCUACCGUGUGUUUGCGAGGUACUGACCAAAUUUGGUUACUAUAUUAGAAAAGGAAAAAUUCCACAUUAUAAUGAUCCAGACUUAGAAUUUGGAAGGUUCUUACAAAGUAAAGAUUAUAAAGCUUUUGGGGAAUUUCUCAUACAUUUAAGCCAAAUAUUGGGAAAAGGGCGACUCACAGGAAAAGAGAUGUUAUCAGUAGAAGGCAUGAACAAGAUUCUAUGGACCAGUUUGAUUAGAAAGGAACUAUAUGAGACGGCAGAUGCCAUUGUUAAUGGGGAGUUAAAUCAAGUUGAUCUUUGUUUUACUUUCGAGGCAGAGUUAGCAAAAGUCAAAACACAGUUUGAAACAUACAAAAUGAAAUGCGAUAAUAGAACAUGUGCAAUAUUUUGACAAAAAGAAAUAAAACUGUUCCAAAAAAAAAAUAUUGGAAGAAAAGAGAGAAUCAUUUAAAGUAUCGUAAUUUAGAGUUGAACAUAAAAAUAAACACGAUUUACACGA